AUGUCACCCAUGUUGCAGCUGUUGUUGUCGCUGCUGCUGCUGUCGGCUACAACACCGGCACUGGGACGCAAGGUGAAGCGCAAGGAUGCACACUACCACUUGAAUGUACCACCUCCGCCGCCACCGCAACCACAAAAGACUGCUGCUGCCACACAGGCUGUUGUCAUUGAUCACGAGGUGCCGCCGUACUCCUUUGAAAGUAUUAAUCAUGACGAGUUUCCGCUGCAAUCCGCUGGCCCGCACUAUGAAAGCUCCGACUAUAUAUUACACCACAGUGGAUACAGUGGUAGUGGUGGCUAUUUGUCGGACAAUGGAUUGCGGAGCAUAGCCAAGGGCUCAGCGGAUACGGCCAUCUCAGCUGUGGCCAGUCAAAAUGCAGCCGGCAAGCAGGCUUCCUAUGUGGCCAAGAGCACGUUGGCCCAGGCUGCUGCUCAAGCAGCCGGCACAGCGGUGGCUGUGCUUAAGGGCAAGGAGGUGCUGCUGCGUCGCUUGGAGGAGCAGAGCGUGGAGGCACACAAGUCUGUUGACAGCGAGCUUAAUCAACUGCAACAGGCCAAGCGAUCAGCCAAGGCGGCUCAGUAUGCUGCCCAGCAGGCCGUGAACCACGUUAGCGUGCUAACCGCUGCACUCAACAAUGCUCAGUCCGCCUCGGAGCUGGCACAGAAGGCUGCAGCUGAAGCCGCUGCUGAACUCUCUUCCCAGAUUGAUAUGGUGUCCCAGGCCAAGGGCAAGUUGGAGCAAAUUGAAUCACAUGCCUAUGCAGCGCGUCUGGACUAUGAGGAGACGCGCGAUGCUGCAGAGAAGGCCACACUCUCCGCCCAGGAAGCGCAGCUUAAUGCCAACGAUGCUGCCUUGCAUGCCAAUGUGGAGCUCAGUGAAGCGGUUCAUCUGCAUGACAAGAGUGACCGCAAUGUGGACGCCGCGCACCGACCAUCCCCACAGUCGGCCUCUGUGCAUCAGCAGCGACGGCCCAAGGCAGAGGCCAACUAA